AUGGGCAAAGGAGAUCCUAAGAAGCUGAGAGGCAAAAUGUCAUCAUAUGCAUUCUUUCUGCAAACUUGCCAAGAGGAGCACAAGAAGAAACACCCAGAUGCUUCAGUCACCUUCUCUGAGUUUUCUAAGAAGUGCUCAGAGAUGUGGAAGAUCAUGUCUGCUAAAGACAAAGGAACAUUUGAAGACAUGGCCAAGGUGGACAAGGCCCAUUAUGAAAGAGAAAUGAAAAUUUAUAUUCCCCCUAAAGGGGAAACAAAAGGAGAAAUUCAAGGACCCCAAUGUACACUUGGUGCUCACUUCAGUAGCACAUAUACCAAUGCACCUAAGGGGCCUCCUUCGGCCUUUUUCUUGUUUUGUUCUGAGUAUCACCCAGAAGUCAAAGGGGAACAUCCCAGCCUGUGCAUUGGUGAUGUUGCAAAGACACUGGUAGAGAUGUGGAAUAAAACUGCUGCAGAUAACAAGCAGCCUCAUGAAAAGAAGGCUGCUGAGCUGAAGGAAAAAUAUGAAAAGGAUAUUGCUGCAUCCCGAGCUAAAGGAAAACCUGAUGUGGCAAAAAAAUAA